AUGAGCUCGACGCAGAUAGCACAGUGGAUGGCCAAAGGAUGGAUUUUGACCGACCAACCCUGCCCGAGCCGAGGUUGCGGCAUACCUCUUCUACGGUCUGCUGAUGGCACCGUUAGCUUUUGCGUAGAUUGUGACAAAUCGCCACCAACUGCAACCUCGGCCUCUGCCCAGUCGUCCACGGCGAGCAUGUCCGAUCACCCCUCGCGUCCGUCCACUCCGGCCACCUCGAUGUCGAGCACACUGUCCUCGCCUGUCUUCGCACCGCCUGUAGAAACGGAAGAGUCCCUGAGAAGGAGGCAGCAAUCGGACCGAGCCUCGGCGGAAAUGGCCAAGCUCUUAUUGAAGGGUUGGGCCAUGUUGGCCGAUGAGUGUCCGGCAGCCUCAUGCCCGCGUAUACCACUCAUGCGUCCCCCCAAAGCGGGCGGAGGAAAGGAUCCGCGGAAGCAAUGCGUUUGUUGCGGCAACUGGUACAUCGACGAAAAGGACGCCAACGGCUUUGAGCGCCUUGUCCCCGUGAAUCAAGCCGGUUCGACGCAAAUGGCAGGGUCGUCAAUAUCAAUCACCCCUCAGGCCAGCUCUUCUUCAAGCAAGGGCAAGGGUGUUGAGCGCGAAGGAGCUUCGUCUGUCGGGCCUACACCCGUGCCGACCGUCACAGCUCCGUCGCCAGAGCAGCGCAAGCCUGCGACGCUCCCACAACCCGACCGUUCGGCGACGUUGAAACCGUCGGCGACUGAGCAAUCUCCAACUAACGUGCAAGCGACUGUGCAAGCGCUGGAUGCAACUCUCGGUCAUUUGAGCACUCGGCUGACCAGCCUCACCACUCAGCCCUUGUUUGAUCCUUCGGCGGUAACUGCAACUUCACAGGCAAUCACGGCAACAGCCCAGGCCCUUGCUGAACUGGCGAAGUUGCAGCGAAGUAGUUGA